AUGAGUUUUGCAGAAUCGCCAGGCAGUCCACCUGAAUGUGACAGUAGAAUAUCGGGAUCUGACAGAGAAUCUGAAUGUGACAAUGAAUCGGAAUACGACUCAGCGGAAUCUGGCGACGCCUAUCUACUUAAUUGCGUAAGUGACUCAGAUGAUAUGGUUGGUACUUCCUACACUGUCAAUCCUGUACUGAUGAAUGACAUCCAUCUGCUGAAGAAAACCUUCCCACAAAGUAAUUGUAACUACAGGUGCUUGGAUUGCCUCAAUGAGAUGGAUCUGGAUAUCUCAUUCCCAACAACAAUGCUAGAAAAACACAUUGCUGAUGCAUGGGGCUUGAUUUAUGGGGAACCUGUUGUCAUACACUUGUCCUUAAAUCAGAGGUCAUACCUUGAUGUAGAAGGUGUUAAAAUUGAGGUGACUCAGAAAGGAUGUACAACUGGUGUGUUAAUGCAGCUCAGGAGAAUAGCAGAAGAGUUUUGUAAGAAACAGUUCCAGAGCCUAAGCAAUGAGAUAGUGCAGGCAGCAGUUGAUAGUAGUUCAACUGACAUCUGUGUUUGUUGUGAAGUAGCUGCAGCAGAAUCAACUACAAAUGAUGCAGUGCAAAAUACUCCACUUCUUCCCGAAGAUGCAAAAAAGAUUCCCGACCUAGGCAAUGGUUUUUUAGUGCAACUUUAUCUUUAUAUUGAGCGACGAUUGCUGACACUCAACAGUUUCUGUCCUGUGUGUGACAUCUGUCAUAGCAAUUUUGUGUGUAUGAUGUUAAAGCCAGUAGUCUGUAGCAAUCCAUUGUGUACGUUUGCUUAUCAUGCUCUUGGGGUUAUGUCGGGUGCUGCAGAUACUACUGUUAGUGAACCUCAGGUUGUGAAUCUGUUGAUUUAUUUCACAAAAGCAGCUGUCAAGUCAGUUCGCAACAAAAUUAUCUUUGAACCUUAUCCAACCAUUGUGCAUCCCACCAAUGCUGAUAAAUUGGCCAUACAUCCAGGAGAAAAGGAUUAUAAGUAUUUAGGUGAAAUUCUGGACAAGAUGCCUACUGUUCAAGAAAUGUUGAAGUAUAAUGAUGGAGAAUUAAAGGAGAUUUUAAAAGAGAAACAUGAAUUAUGUUAUCCACUUUUGAGAUGGAUUAUAUCAAGCAAUCGGUCACAUAUUGUGAGGCUGCCUGCUGAUAAGCAACUGACCUUCAUGGGAACAACACACCAGUAUUUGAUGCGUAACAGUCCCCCAUUGCAGGAUAGACAAUUCAGACAGAAUAAGGACAAGUUUGGAAGUGUUUUUGCAUUUCAUGGUUCUCCAAUAGAAAACUGGCAUUCCAUUAUCCGGGAAGGAUUAGUUGUAGCCUCCAAUACUAGGAAACAGCUUCAUGGCUGCAUUAAAGGCAGAGGGAUUUACCUGAGCCCUAAGCUACAAGUUUCACUCAGUUACUCAGGCCUGUCUGUAAAGGUUGUUCCAGUAGAGGAGCCAAGACAGUUGAGACAGAGGAAAGAUGCCUCAGUGGAGUUUAUAGGAGGGCUACCAGAAUCAUUAGCAUGUAUUGCACUUUGUGAAGUUAUUGCGUGUGACAGCCUGAAGAAGUAUGACGAUAUCUGGACAUGUGAUCAGAGUGAUUUUGUGUGCACCAGAUUUUUCUUUGU